AUGAAUCCACCGAAUGCCUUUCGGUUGGUGAACAGCCGGACGUUACUGUUUGCAGGGCUACUGGCUUUUGGAGUUUUCAUUUCCCGAGCGGAGGCUACGCCCCGCAGAAUCCGUCUGCUGCUGAGUAAGGAUGAUCCGCCGUCGGCGCCGCCACAAGCCCCGUCUCCCCCACCACCCCCGCCUCCCAGCCCGCCUCCACCCCCACCGCCUCCCCCACCGCCUCCACCCCCACCGCCGCCCCCCAAACCGGCCGCCCGNCGAUCUCCCCCACCGCCUCCUCCGCCGGAAUGCGAAAUCUGCGUCACGUUAACUGGAUCUUUUGCCGGCGUUCUCAGCAAAGGGAAAGACGUUUAUCUCAGUCCUGGCGCUUGUCAACACCUCUCCAACUUCAUCACCGGGGCAGUCAUCAGUUCAAGUGCAGCGUGUCCUUCAUCGGGCCCCUACUUUCUGCGGGUCUGCACCUCUGCGCCCCUUCCGUUUGAUUUCUAUGCACCCUGGUGGUCGGACAUGUGGGAGUUGGCGGUUCGGAGCUGGUCACAGGCUGCGCUGGACGCUGUGGGCGGGUGUACGCCGGGGAAAGUGGGUAUCAAGUACACCUUCAAGGGCACCAUCGAGGACAGAAACCUCUGCCUGCUUGAUCGGAAUAUUGCGAGCUAUGAGAACAGCUUUACUUGCCCAUGGUGA